UAGCAGCAUGACGGACAUUGACAUCGUAAGGCAGAGAUGGCAAGACGUCAACAAAGAAAUGAAUGUGCCAGAUACUGUCGCUGACAGAUGGUGGGGUGUUAUAAGAGAUUUCUAUAGUGAACCAGUCCGGCGCUACCACACACUCCAACACUUACGAGAAAUGUUUUUACACUUCAAAUUUUCUGGAGAUCACUUCACAUUCGUCGACCCCCGCCUGGUUAUAUUAGCAGUAUUUUUUCAUGAUAUUAUUUAUGAACCAAAAAAGCCUGACAACGAAGAAAGAAGUGCAGACAAAUUUAAAGAGUAUGCUACAGAAGUUGAUGUUCUGUCUGACGCAGACUGCAAGAAAGUGAAAGACUGGAUAAUGAUGACGAAAUGUCACUCGGCAGGGACGGGAGAUAAUUCAGGCGACGAGCACUACUUCCUAGAUAUGGAUAUGGCGGUGCUGGGAAGACCAGAGACAGACUACGACCAAUAUGCAACCCAGAUACGGGCAGAGUAUAUUCAUGUUCCAGAAGAAGUUUACAGAUCAAAAAGAGCUCAGAUAUUGGAAGACUUCUUGACGAGAUUACCUUUAUUCAGCACCAGACUGUUUCAGGAACAUUUCGAAGAGAAAGCGAAGGCGAAUUUAAGACGUGAGAUUGCUAGACUUCGUGACAACUCUAUUCAACUGUAAACUAGGCCCAAGACAUCAACAAACAACGAAUUAAAAACAAAAUAACUUUUUUAAUUACAAUUUCACGAUAUUUUGGCAUGGAUGAUUUUGACAUCGGACAUCAAGCAUGGACUGUGAUAAUAUGGAAACAAUUGUACUCUAAAAAGCGGAAGAUUUUCUCACUUGUGCAAUAUAUAUGUAUAUAUAGUUUAACUACAGUUAAAUGUGGGUAUUUUCACACAUAGGGUUCAGACACGGCGAUAAAUGGGUGUAUAUGACAUCAUCAUUUCGAACUCAUUGAAAUUUUGUUUGAUUGUGCAUGGAUAUUUAUAUAAGAAAACAAAUAUUGUUCAAUUUCAUCAAAUGUUUGUAAUCUACAAUGAAAGAUUUUCUAUAUA